AUGCCGUCGACCCGGACGGGCGCGGCGAGUUCGGCGCGACGACCAACGACCGAAUCGCCGAAAACGAGCAAACCCGCGCGCGAGGUUCAGCCCUCGACGCGGCGAGCGACUUCGCGCUCCGCGGGCGCGAUCCCAUCGGCCACGACCACGGACGCGGGAGCUGCGACGGGUAAAUCCGAGGUGCCCGCAUCUCCGCAGGCUGACAUGACCACCGCACCGAUCGAUCCAGCCGACGACCUCGGCCAGCAGGAAGUCCACACCGACCCGCCAGCGAACGAACGCACCCCUUCGGUCGGUGCUGACGCCCCCCCGAUGUUCGGGAAGGGUUCCGGGCACCAGAUCGGGCGGAGGGUGCACAGCGAGCUGUUCUGCCCUCCCCCGCCGGUGCGCGCGGGUCAGCCCAAGCCCUUGCCCGGAUCCGCGAUGGUCAGCACGAACGUGCCCACGCUCGGCGUCUCGCGCUCGGGCCGUGAGCGGAAAAAGAACUCCAAACUCCAGGAUGACAACUGGGGCAUCAGCGACAAGGAGCUCUGGGCGAAGAAGGAGAUCGAGGCGAUCAAGGCCCAGCGGCAGCGUUUCGCCACCGAGGAGGACACGCAGGAUACCGAGUUUUACGUGGUUCGCACCGAGGACGUGGACCCCGGGGGGAGGCACCUGGUGGGAAUCGAGAGCGGCCCGUAUUCGGACCUCUACUCCGCGGUGUCGCACCUCGACAAGACGCCCAGCUACUGCCCGACGAGCAUGUCGGCGGAGCUCAUACUGCUGGCGAACGACGCGAGGGCUUAUCAGGACCACUCGGUGAGCAGCAGAUCCGGCGAUGGGUGCCACAGGUUCGUCAUCAAGGGCGCGGACAAGGAAAAGGCCAUUCGACUCCACGGUGUGUGGAAGCUCGAAAACGCGGCGGUGGAAGCGGUCAAGCACGCUGAGCAGUAUGGGCUCGACUGUUUCGAUCUUCAACGGUCGCUGGGUGCCAUCACCGACCGGUCCGCGUCGAACCCACCGUUCUUCGGGUCCGUGGUCAAGCCCAAGACGGAGCCGAAGAGGAAAGGGAAGGACAGGAAGGGUCCCGGCGUCUCCACGGUCGACAGCUACCCGCCCGGUUGGUUCCCGCUGGACGCUGUCAAGUCGCACGAAAACGCCAACAACGAUCCAGCUUCUCAACCCGGAUCGGAGAAGGGGCAGGAUAACGCCGACGCCGGCGUGGGAGGACCGAUUCGUGCCAGAGACGAGCGGGAGAAGGAGGAGUCGCCAGGCCCGUACACCCCUAAAAACGUCCAGUCGACGUCGCCGCCGCCGGCCAGCAACGACGACAAGACAACCUCCGUGGAGAGGGAGAGGCAGGCGGCGGUCGCCGCGGCGGAAGCGGCGAGGCUGGAGUGGGAGCAGAGGGAGCGCGAGCGGCUGUCGCGUCAGGAGGUCGAGCGAUGGUACGUGCCUCCACCUCAGCCGGUGGACCCGAUGCCCGCGCCGCCGCCGAGAAUGCCAAAGCCGUCGCCCGAACCGCUCAUUCCCAUCCCGGCGGAGAUUUCUGAUGUCGUCAGGACGAAGGUUUUGGAGUGUUUCGAGUCGCAGGACGACGCCGGGCGCGUGCACGAGUUGCAUCAGAUGGGUCAAAAGGUACUACAGAACCUGUUCAAGCUCGCCUUCGAUAAGACCACCAAGUCGAACAACAACAUGUGGCUGAGGAGGAAAAUCGCCGGCGCCAUGGGGAUGCAGAUGUUCGACCUAAACGAACCGACUCAACAAGUCCCUAUCGCUACGAGAAGGUCGAGCAGGCAAUCGGCUCCGCUCGAGGGUGCCGAGUAUCCCGCCGAGAACCAGGUCAUCGAGACGCCGGAGGUGCCCGCGGCGGUGAAGGCAACGCCGCUGGUGGAGCCGGACACCGCGCCCGCCGCCGACGUCGCAAAGGAAUUCGAGCCCGAGCCGUCGCCCGUGAAUGAACCCGAGCCGCCGCCCGUGAAUGAACCCGAGCCGUCGCCUGAGCCCGCGCCGCGACCCGUGGAGAUCGUCGGAGAGGAAUUAGCGCCUAUGGCGACCAACGAGGAUGCGCCGCCGGCUGAGGACGAAGACGAGGAGGAGGAGGACGAGGCGGUUGACGCGAAGAUGGCUGAAGAGUUUGCAAAGGACGGGGUUCCGUUCGUCCCGGGAAAGUAUUAUGGUGGGUCCCAUCACAUAUCAGACGACGUUUCGAAUGUGCGCGCCUCCUUGGAGGAGUACCAUUCUCUGCGCGGACAGGUGAUGGGAGGAGAGGAUGCCUCGAAGGAGAAGCCAAGUUUGCCACCACCGCCGCGCGGCCGCACGCAGUUCCAGCUGGCGACGAUGGAAGCCAACUACCACGUGCUCGCGAUUCGAUGCGGAGAGGGUGGCGUGGACUCUUUUUCCGUCAGGCUCAACGACCGGGGAUACGUUUACGUCGGCGCGAAGCAGAGGAGGAAAUCCAAGAAAUCACCGUCUCCUGAUGCGGAUGGGCAGGAACAGACUAGCGAAAGGGAAGCCGAGCCUGAAGACGAGAAACCCGACACCGCGUCGCAAUCUUCAGAGGAGGAACCGCUCGGAGAGUUCGAGGCGAUAAUGAAGUUCCCGACGCUCAUCGAGGAGAGUUCGGCGCAGAGCGUGUUCAAAGACGGAGUGUUGUUUGUCGUCGCCAACCCGAGGCGGGCGCAGGUCAUCGCGACGAUGCUGGCAUGA